AUGGCAGAAGAAGGCUCCGGGGUGCCCCUCGUGGGCUCUCGCAUUAGCCUCAUCUCCAAGAAGAACAUUCGCUACGAGGGAACUUUGUACAACAUCAACACCAGCGAUGCUUCUCUGGCACUCCAAAAUGUGCGAAGCUUCGGGACCGAGGGGAGAGUAGAGGGACACGUCAUUCCUCCAAGUCAAGUCCUUCAUGAUUUCGUGUGCUUCCGGGGACAGGACAUAAUGGAUCUCCACGUGCACGACGCAGAGGCCGAUGAGGGAAGCCAGGCGGCGCCACCGCCACCGCCCACUGCUCCAGUUCAAUUCGCCCAACCGCCUCAGCCGACUGGUCCUCCGCCUCCAAGUGGCCCUCCACCCCUCCUCAGCCCCGCCUUUGUAUCGUUGCUCAUGAUGCGAAGUUGUGGGCAAGGGAAUCCUGAUGUGAGACGGGCUACGAAUGGGCCUCAGAAUGGGCCUCCUGCUCGGCAGCAGGCUACGCAAGCUGGCCAGAGGCAGCCAGCCCCUUCGGCAAGACCGGUGCCUGUAGCGCGUGGAGCACAGCAACGGAGGGCCGCGCCCGCCUCGUCGUCGCCCCGUGUAGCACAGGCGGCUGGGCAGGCUGCUCAACAAAACCAACGUAGGGCCCCGACGGGACAAAGGCCGCCCCCUCGGUCACAGCAACACCAGCACCCCUCGCAGCCAACGGGGGCACCGCGGGGCCGGAGGAACGGCACACCUAGAUCUCGUCAGCUAAUUAAUGGGGGUGGUGCGGGUAGGGGAGCAGCUGGUGGCACUAGCGCCACCUCAGCCCCUGCUCGGACGCCUGGGGCGAUGGUGGGCACUGGAGAAGCCCUGCUCAAUAUCCGAGCCAGAGGUGGCCCGGCGACGGACGGGAAGGGGGCGGCAAGCGUUCCCACCGCGCAGGAGUUUGACUUCCAAAGCGAGCUCCAGAAGUUCGACAAGGAAAAAGAGCUGGCUAAGGAGAUGGGGGGAUUGAGCGUGGAGGCGUCCAACUCCACGGCGUCAUCGGGAGGUGCUGGAGGGGCGACGGACAGCGUGAAAAAAUACAACAAGUCUUCGUUCUUCGAUGAGAUUUCGUGCGACGUGUUGGACCGUGCCGCAGGGCGCCAGCCGCGUGUAACGCGCGCGGCAGAGAUGGACAUGAACAUGGACACGUUUGGCACAACCGGCUUACAACACGCCCGACGCCGAGGCGGACGAGGUCACAACCGGAACAAACCUGGAGGAGGUGGGGCCGGCGGUGGCGGCCAAGGCACCCGCGGUGGAGUAGGAGCAGGACGCACCGGGGCCGGGGGCGGGGCCGGUACCGCUAACGGUGGGCGGGGAGGCGGUGGCGGUGGUCGUGGAGGAGCUGCUCAGGCUUCUGGAGGUGGUGGCCGUGCUAGAGGCGGAGGUGGUGGCCGUGGUAGCACAAGGGGUGGGUAUGCUGGCGGUGGCAGAGGCGGGGCGGGACAGGCGCGACCAAAGCCAAAGGGUGGGAGAGGACGGGGUGGCAACGCCCCUCAAGGUCAGCAGCCCACGCCAGGGCCCACCUCGGCCCCUCAGGCCCAAGCGGUAUAG